AUGGCUUCGAACUCCAAAGGAUGGUUCAACAUCGAGUCGCUGGGCGGCACGAUGCCCGAGACCCAGUUCUUCGAGGGGGACUCGGCGUUCAGCUUCCUCGGGCUGACACGGACACAACGGCUGUACGGCUUUGGGGGUUGCGUGAUAGCCGGCUUCGUUCUAAGUUUGCUGGGGAGCAUUCUGCUGUUCGUAGGACAACUAAGCACCUUUGCAGUAUUGUAUGCUAUCGGUACGGUUAUUUCGUUAGCGGGGACAGGAUUCUUGCUGGGGUUCAUGAAGCAAUUCCAACUCAUGUUCAAACCGGUACGGGUGGUGGCGACCAUUGUCUUCAUCGCCUCGAUAGUGCUCGUUUUCAUCGGUGCUUAUGUGAUUCGCAGUGAUGUCCUAUGCAUCAUCUUCGUGAUCAUCGAGUACCUGGCCUAUCUGUGGUACACUCUCUCUUACAUCCCAUAUGCGCGCGCGGCGGUCCUCAAGGUUUUUGGAAUGUGA